AUGCGGCCCGACGAAAGGAAUGAGCCAUGGCUCCCGCCUGCCUUUGAGAAUCAAGGCAACUUUCGAAAUGAUCAUCUUAUACCCAUCUCGUGCGACCAUCUCGCUUUGAACAUGCUCUUAAAGAUAAAGAGUGGCGGCGAUCAGUCGUUGCUCUGGGUCGACAGACGCAAGUCCAGUAGUACUGGCUGUGCCUGCAAGAGCAGCUCGACAUUGUUCCACCGAUUGUUGGAUGUCACGAUCCAGCUCAAGCUGCAUCGUCUCCAAGUUGAUGUUGAUAUUGAAAAAAUACUUCUUGAGUGCCAGGAGUGUCUGUAUCAGGUGUUUGUCGUCCUGUAUUCGACUGAGCGUGUCAUGACCGGUAAUGACGUCCGCGACCAACUUCAAAAAGGUGUCCUCUCCAAACACUGGUUGUCCUACUUGUUCAAUGAGCGAUAUGUCUCCAGUGGACAAUAG